AUGAGCUUGCUAUGCUCACUUGUUGCUGUCCUGUUGAUCGUCCUUGUGAGCGCCGGCGAUGAGGCCGCAUUGCUUGCUUUCAAAGCGCAGCUCAGCCAUGGCGGCUCGCUGGCCUCCUGGAACAGCAGCACCGACUUCUGCAUUUGGGAAGGUGUGACGUGCAACCACCGGAGGCCAGCGCGGGUGGUGGAACUAAGAUUGAGCGGCGCCGGGCUCACCGGAGCGCUCUCCCCGGCAAUCGGGAACCUCACGUUCCUGCGGAUGCUCAACCUUGGUGUCAACUCGCUAUACGGGGACAUUCCAGCAAGCCUCGGCCGCCUCCGUCGCCUGCGGUGGCUCUACUUGGAGAAGAACUCCUUCUCCGGCACAUUGCCAGCGAACCUGAGCUCCUGCAUCAGCAUGACUGAAAUGAGACUGGACAACAACACGCUUGCCGGGCACAUCCCGACUGAGCUUGGCGAGAAGCUCAAGUACCUGACAGUGCUCGCGCUGAGAAACAACGGCUUCACAGGGUCCAUCCCGGCGUCACUGGCCAAUCUUUCCCAUCUACAGGUCCUCGAACUCACUUAUAACCAUUUCACCGGUUCAAUCCCGCAGGGGCUCGGAACCAUCCAGAGCAUGCGAUAUUUCAGUCUCUUCGGAAACAAUCUUAGCAUGCGAUAUUUCAAUCUCGCCGAAAACAACCUCCACGGUAUGAUCCCACCUUCUCUUUACAACUGGUCGUCAUUGGUAGUAUUUGAUGUCGGGUCGAAUAUGUUGUACGGAAGCAUUCCGGAUGAUAUCGGAAACAAGCUCCCCAAGUUGGAAAGGCUUGGCUUGCGUGCCAAUCACUUCACAGGAACCAUCCCUUCCUCAAUAUCCAACAUAUCUUCCCUCAUAUCACUUGACCUCACACAGAACAAAUUUAGUGGGUAUAUGCCUCCCACAUUGGGGUGGCUCGGAGCUCUCCAAUAUCUGGAGUUGGGUAACAAUGAAAUCGAAGCGAAUGACAACAAGGGGUGGGAAUUUAUAACAUCCUUGGCAAAUUGCAGCCAACUGCAGAAAUUGGCACUACCCAAAAAUUCCUUUGGAGGACAACUACCGGGUUCAAUUGUGAACCUCUCAACGACUCUCCAGUGGUUAAACUUACAGGACAAUAGGUUCUCUGGGAGUAUACCUGCGGACAUCGGCAACUUGGUUGGUUUGGAAUUGCUUGUGAUAGCAAAUACUCCGAUAUCCGGAGUGAUUCCCAAGAGCAUCGGUAAGCUAGUAAAAUUGAUCCAGCUAGUCUUGCAUAAUAAUAGCUUGUCUGGCCUCAUACCAUCAUCGCUAGGGAACCUUUCGCAAUUGAGUAUCCUUUCUGCAUACCAUGGCAACUUGGAGGGGCCAAUUCCGGCAAGCCUCGGGGAGUUGAAAAAACUUGUUGUACUCGAUCUGUCAAUGAACUACAGACUUAAUGGUUCAAUACCUAGAGGGAUUUUUAAAUUGCCUAGCCUUUCUAGGUACUUGGACUUGUCAUAUAAUUCCCUUUCGGGACCCCUUCCUAAUGAAGUUGGUAGUUUGUCAAAUCUGAACCGACUUAUUCUAUCAGGAAACCGGUUGUCUGGCAAGAUACCUGACAGCAUUCAGAAUUGCAUAGUAUUGGAAUCUCUAAGAUUAUACAACAAUUCAUUUGAGGGAAGCAUACCUCAGUCAGUGACAAAUAUAAAGGGGCUCCGUAUACUGGUCCUAACCAUGAAUAAGUUCUCUGGUGAGGUGCCAAAUGAAGGUGUUUUCAGAAACAUCACUUACUUAGCAGUUAAUGGGAAUGCCAAUUUGUGUGGUGGUACACCUCAACUUCAUUUGGCUCCAUGCUCCAUAAGAAAGAACAAAAAACAGAUGCCAAAGUCUUUUGUAAUCUCUCUAGUGACAGCUGGAGCAAUCUUGUUUUCACUUUCAGUUAUUCUUCUUGUUUGGAUACUUUGCAAGAAGCUCAAACCAAGCCAGAAGAUAUUAGCAGAAAAUUCAAUUGCUGAUGACCAUUACAAGAGAAUCCCCUAUCAUGCAUUAUUGAGAGGAACUAACAAUUUUUCAGAAGCCAACUUGCUUGGAAGAGGAAGUUAUGGUGUGGUUUAUAAGUGUAUUUUGGACAAUGAAGAAAGAACAUUGGCUGUCAAGGUGUUUAAUCUCAAUCAAUCUAGGUAUUCCAAGAGUUUUCAGGUCGAGUGUGAGGCCAUGAGAAGGAUACGACACCGUUGUCUCAUUAAGAUCAUUACAUCUUGUUCAAGCGUCAACCACCAAGGUCAAGAUUUCAAGGCAUUAGUUUUUGAGUUCAUGCCCAAUGGUAGCUUGGAUGGUUGGCUUCAUCCAAAAUCACAAGAGCCCACUAUAAACAACACGCUCAGCCUUGCCCAGAGACUUGAUAUUGCUGUCGAUAUUAUGGAUGCGGUAGAAUAUCUGCACAACUACUGUCAAUCAUUGGUAAUCCAUUGUGACCUUAAGCCAAGCAACAUUCUUCUUGAUGAAGACAUGAGCGCACGAGUUGGUGACUUUGGCAUAUCAAGGAUCCUUCAAGAAAAUACGAGUGAGGGGAUGCAAACUUCAUAUAGUUCAACUGGAAUUAGAGGUUCCAUAGGCUAUGUUGCUCCAGAGUACGGAGAAGGAUCUGCUGUCUCAACACCCGGCGAUAUCUAUAGUCUUGGCAUAUUGCUGCUUGAGAUGUUUACCGGAAGGAGCCCAACGGAAGGCAUGUUCAGAGAUUCAUUGGAUCUGCAUAAGUUUGCUGAGGAUGCUCUUCCAGAUAGAACCUUGGAGAUAGCUGACCCAACAAUAUGGCUACACAACGGACAACAGGAUAACACUACAAGUAUUAGAAUCCAGGAGUGCUUGCUUUCAGUCUUGAGGCUUGGCAUAUCCUGCUCAAAGACACGAGCUCAAGACCGAGCACCGACAAGAGAUGCAGCGGCAGAGAUGCAUGCAAUCAGAGAUGCAUACCUCCUGUUUGCUGGUAAGCGUAUAGGGGAGCAUGGAGGGCCUCGGCUUGAGACAUUUGAGCUAGAAUGA